AGGCAGGUGCGAUGCCUUUCUGCUGAAGAUGUGGCCAUGGCUUCUGGCUUUUGUGAAAAUUGCUCCCGACUGCUUAAAGAAAUUUUGGUUUGCUUGAGAAAGGUUUGCAGAGAGUUUGAGCAAAAAAUCGGUGAUUUUUUUAGGGAACUUUCUCAGUGCACCUGUUUUAGGAGAACCCCACACAGUGGUCUCCUGAGGAGAAGGACGCAACAGUUUCCCUCUUUACAACUGCUGUAUGAUGAGGAAACUCAACUACUUAAUCAGGAAAGUCUACACACGCUGAGCAAACUCGCAUUCUCGGAAAACCAUGAUCUACAAACUACAGCAGCUAUGUAUUUUUUACAUGUCAGUCAUCAUUUGAAAUCACCUUUACCAGAUGCUUUCAUGGAGCCAGUCAUGGCCUUACUUCUAUCAACUGACCCAGAUGUGCAAAACACUAUAUCUCACUCAUUGGUCAAUCUACUAGCCCAAAAUAAUGCAUGCAGAGAGUUAGUGAUUGAAAUGGGGAUGCUGGUGCCCAUACUGGAGCUGUUCCAGUCUGGUGAUGCCACCACUCGGUGUCACUCGUGUGCCUGCGUCACCAUGCUGGCUUCCUCAGAAUCAAAAAGUGAGGCUAUCAUGUUGGAUUGCAUUAUGCCGCUGUUAGCAUUAGCUAAGUCCUACGAGCCACAAGUGCAACAGAAUGCUACCUGGGCUCUAUUACAUCUUACCCAGUCAGAUUGGUCAACAAGGAUCUUAUGUGAAGUGGGAGCCAUUCCAGUCCUGGUUCUUCUGCUGCAGUCGUCAAAUUCAGAAGUUCAAUUUUACAGCUGCAGCGCUCUGUGCAACAUCGCUGCUGUUCGGGAGCAUCACCCAAAGUUGCUCAGCAUGGGGGGUCAUUUUUUGUUAAAGUCCGUUCUGACUCUUGUGUCUUCCUCUGUGCAAAAGAAUUCAACUCAAGCAUGCAAAUGCCUACAAACCCUCACAAAGAACGUGCUGAUCCAGGAGCAGCUGAUGGAGCUUGACUGCGUGUUGCCCAUCAAGGCGCUGCUGAAAAGCUCUUCUCGUGCGUGUAGAGAAUCAGCCGUGACGCUGCUUUCAGCACUGUCGGCACACCCACCAAACAAUGACGUCCUUGUGAGUGAGGGUCUGUUGGAGGAAAUCGGUCAGCUGCUUCAUCACCAAACAUCAGUCGUGAUCACACACAGCUGCACAAUAAUCAGCAACCUGCGCAGCUCCAGCGUGGGUCAGCAGGCUGUGAUGGAAAGUCAGUGUUUAUCUGGACUCCUGAGGGCCCUUUUGUCUCCGUCGCUGUCAGAUGAGACCUUGCUCCACGUGACAUCAUGCCUACAUCACCUCAUGACUUGGGAUGAACUGAAGUCUAACUUGUCGGUGACAAUAACAUCGGAGCAAGUUUCAAGACUUGUGAGGUUGUCUCGACAAAUGCAAAAUCCUCAGUUGUCCUAUAAUAGUGCAGCCAUCAUCAGCACACUGAAAAUGACCGAUGAGAUGGUCCUGUUGCUGAGACCUCACUACAUCACCAUGCUGGAGUACCUGUUGGUGUUUCUCAAAAAGAAGGAUGUUAAGUUGCAACAUCUCUGCAUAGUCACAGUAUUGAACCUGAAGAAAGACGGAGGCUUUUUGUGUCUGUUGGCUGGCAGUGAGUUGGAGGCUCAGCUCUGCAAGGUGCGUGCGCAGACGGAGGAAACCAGGCGGCUGCUGCAAAUGUUUAAGCCUCUUUAAUGAUCUUCUGUUAACCCUUGACCCCCUCAGCACAAGCGCUGAGAGUUGUGCACGGUGUUUACGUUCAUGCACAUGAUGGACAGGCAGCCUUUGUUUCCAAUCAUGUUUUUUUCCAUUUAAAAUGUUGGUUUACAGUCACCAAAGUUAGUAAAAAAACAAGGCACAUAUGUGGUAUAGUAUCAACUUUAUUUUAAAUAUGGCAUAUACUUUUUAACAGGUUAAGCGAUUGUUAUGAGCAAUACUAAACUACAGGAUCAAAUAUUGAGAUCAGAUACAUUUGUUUUCAUAUGAUUUUAUAAUAAUAAACUCUCUUAACUUCGCGCCUCAAAAGACUUCCUUUGUUAAGUGGUUUGGGUCAAACAAAGCAAGUCAGUGCAAUAAAGGUUUUGUGCAUAUUCUCUUAAACAAGACUUAUUAAUCUGAAGCAGUCUUUGAAAACUAAGUUCCUUAGCAGCUUUGAAUUAUAUGAUUGCUAUAGGCCACAAAAUCAAAAGGGAAGACAGGAAUUUACAUUUUACACUUUCACCAACAACCUAAAGUCAUUUGUUCUCAGCGAAAACUGCCACUUGAGCUUUUCUAAAUCCACAGUGACAAAACUGGGGAAGGAAAAGUGCUUAGACUGCAAGAAAUAUAACAGGAACAAGCAAAAAGCAUGGCUAGCAUGUGCUGUGAGUGUUAGAAUGGCUGUUCCUAGUAUUUCACAGAGGCAACACUCGGCAGCGAACUAUCAUGACCACCGUCUACGUCUACUGGUUUUUGUAUCUUCGUUAAUAACUCUGGAAACCUGCUGAACCGCAAGAAAGCAACAAAAACAGCCCGAUAUUUGUGCCACAGGUUACACACAGAAAAGUGAGCAAAUGCUGACGU